AGAACAGUUUAUUAAAAAUUAAGCGCGUUUUUAUUUAAUAAUUCUAAUUUUAUUCAACAAUGUCAUCGUUUUUUCUUAAAAACAAACCAAAAACAUCAAAAAAACGAAAGCAAGUAACACCAAAAUCCUCUAAAGAUCCCAAACAACCAAAAAAAUCUACCCACUCCAAGGACGAUGAAGAAAUCGACAGCGAUGAUGCUUUCGAUAGUGCCGAAGGAGAAGGCCAUGCCAACAAAAACUAUGUAAGUGAUGAAGAAAUUCCAGAAACUGCACAAGACAAACGUUUGCGUUUGGCUAAAAAAUACCUCGAAGAGAUCGAGAAAGAAGAACAAUCUCGAGCAGAAGAUAAAGAAGUCUAUGACCAUGUGUCACAUCGAUUGCAAGAAGAUUAUUUAGAAAGUGUUGGCAAGUUGCGUCGUCAAAUUGCAGCCUCAAUUGUUGGCUAUAGUAAAGAUAAAAUUCUUAAACACAAAAAGCAAUAUCUUCCAGUGACAGCGUUGGCAUUGUCUUCCGAUGGAAAGUUUCUUUUUACCGGCGCUAAAACACAAUACGUUAUUAAAUGGGAUUUGGCCACUCUACGGCCAAUUGGUACUUUCGAUGUCAAUCCGCACACUGAAGAUCCGGAUAAUGGAAAAAGUAGACGGUCGCAUGUAAUUGCGAUUUGUCUGUCGACAGAUUCGAAAUUCCUAGCUCUUGCCGAGGGCGGGAAUAAUAUUCAAAUUUGGUGUCCGAAAGAACUGAAACAUUUGAAAACUUUUAAGGGACAUCGAGAUGUUGUGACGGCACUUGUCUUUAGAAAAGACACACAUGACCUUUAUUCUGGGAGUAAAGACAGAUCGGUGAAGAUUUGGUCGGUGGAUGAAAUGGCAUACAUAGAAAGUUUAUUUGGUCAUCAAGCACAUGUGACAGGAAUUGAUGCCUUGUCAAGAGAACGAGCUAUAACUUCAGGUGGCAUCGAUUGCAGUCUGAGAAUAUGGAAGAUAACAGAAGAGUCCCAAUUGAUAUAUAAUGGCCAUCGAGGUAGUAUAGAAGGAGUUAAGUUUAUCAACGAUGAAAAUUUUGUUUCUUGUGGCAAUGAUGGUUCGCUUUGCUUAUGGAGUGCGUUAAAAAAGAAAGCACUUGUUACUCAACCCACUGUACAUGGUUUGCAAACAAAUGGAGAUGCCAAUUGGAUAUCAGCGAUGGCUGUUGUUGUUAAUGCUGAUUUAAUUGCGUCAGGUUCAUGUGAUGGCUUCAUUCGACUCUGGCAAAUGAGUGACAAUGGUCGUAAACUAACACAAAUCCAUCAAAUUCCUGUGCCUGGUUUCAUCAAUAGUCUAACAUUCACUCCCGAUGGCCUUACACUAAUAGCUGCUGUUGGUCAAGAACAUCGCCUAGGUCGUUGGUGGCGAAUAAAGGAAUCAAAAAAUCAAAUUCUAAUUAUUGAUUUAAAAACAAAUACAAGUUGAUUUUAAGUAAAAAAAAA